AGCGGGUCACCCCGGCCCCUUUCUCACGUCGGCGGCGCUUUCAAGUGUCCUUCGCCGUCGCUGCGGAUGACGGACGGACGAUCGAUAAGGCGCUUGAAAUGAAAAGCGAGGGUUUUUUGUUUUUUUUCCCUCCUCUCCUUUCUCCUGCCGCAGCCCCCGAGGCCAAAGAUUUGCCAACCGCCGCCGCUGUCGGGCCUCCUCUCGACUCGGGGGCAAAGCUUUGCACCUUUGUUUGCGUGAGAACCGCCAGACUCUCGACAGAUAGCCUCCGACGUGCGCCGUCUUCACCGGCAAGGGGAACAGCACCGGCUCUCGGAGAGGUUUUCCUUCGCCAUCAUGGAGUCCCACUGCCGCAAACUGGCCACCACCUGCGUACAAAUUGAGAAAGAGAAGAGCCAGAGCAAGAACGACGACUCGUCGGACGACCCGUCUAAGAAGAAGAGACAGCGGCGUCAGCGGACUCACUUCACCAGCCAGCAGCUGCAGGAGCUGGAGGCCACCUUCCAGCGCAACCGCUACCCGGACAUGAGCACCCGCGAGGAGAUCGCCGUGUGGACCAACCUCACCGAGGCCAGGGUUCGGGUGUGGUUCAAGAACCGUCGCGCCAAGUGGAGGAAACGCGAGCGCAACCAGCAGGCCGAGCUGUGCAAGAACGGCUUCGGCCCGCAGUUCAACGGACUCAUGCAGCCCUACGACGACAUGUACCCGGGCUACACGUACAACAACUGGGCCGCCAAGGGCCUGACGUCGGCCUCGCUGUCCACCAAGAGCUUCCCCUUCUUCAACUCCAUGAACGUCAACCCGCUGUCGUCGCAGGCCAUGUUCUCGCCGCCCAACUCCAUCUCGUCCAUGACGUCCGGCAUGGUGCCGUCGGCCGUGGCCGGCUCCAGCCUCAACGGCCUCAACAACCUGAACAACCUCAGCGGGCCGUCGCUCAACUCGGCCGUGGCGGCGCAGGCUUGCCCCUACGCGCCGCCCACGCCGCCCUACGUGUACCGGGACACUUGCAACUCCAGCCUGGCCAGCCUGAGACUCAAAGCCAAGCAGCACUCCAGCUUCGGCUACGCCGGCGUGCAGAGCCCCGCCGCGAACCUCAGCGCUUGCCAGUACGCCGUGGACAGGCCGGUGUGAGACGGACAGGCCGGUGUGAGACGGGCGCCCGCCCCGCCCCGCCCCGACGCCCACGCCCACCCGCCGCAGAUUACACUAAAAAAAAAAAAAAAAAAAAAAAACACACACACACACACACAGCACCACUUUGGGAAGGGGAUGUACAGAAAUGCAAAAAAAAAAAAAAGAAGAAAAACCAUGGUGGUCAUUUUGCAUCCAGAGGAACAACAGACUACUAUUACUAUUAUUCUAUUCUUUUUUUUUUCUUCCAAAAAGGGCACUAAAAUCUGAACCACUGAAUUCUUUUUCCUUACGUUUUAUUCCCCUAUUUGUUGUCUAAAAAAAGUUGAGUGAGUGCGUGUAUGUAUAUAUAUAUAUAUAUAUAUAUAUAUAUAUAUAUAUAUAUAUAUAUAUAUAUAUCCAAACUUCUCCAAAGCUAUGGGGUUCAAUUUAUUAACGCAUGCGUGGUGGGGAAUAAAUAUUAAGGAAUCAUGCAAACACGAGUUUAAAAAAAAAAAAAAAAAAAAAAAGGGAAUGUAAAUAUUAAAACGCACCGCAGUGGUGUGUUUCUAACAUAAUAUAAAAUUAUGACUAUUAUUAUUAUUAAUGUCUGUGUGAAUAUCGAUUUUAGACUAGCGGAAUCCUAGAGGAAGAAGAAAACUCAUUAAAAUGUUCCUGUAACUAUUUGGUACGGAUUUUUCCCCACCCCCCCUAAAAAAAAAUGUGUUUUAUUUAAUGGAAGUAAAUAUAUUGUUCAAAGCCA